AUGAGCCAACGCCCACCUCCUUUCGUGAACAAGGACACGCGAGUUAUCUGCCAGGGCUUUACCGGCUCUCAGGGAACGUUUCAUUCUGAGCAAUCAAUUGCUUACGGAACCAAGAUGGUGGGAGGGGUUACUCCAAAGAAGGGAGGUACCACCCAUCUUGGGCUUCCAGUGUUCAACACUGUGCGAGAAGCCAAAGAAGCCGUUAAGCCAGAUGCUUCUGUUAUUUACGUUCCUCCCCCGUUUGCUAUGCGGGCAGCGCUUGAUGCGAUCGAGGCAGAGAUUCCGCUGGUCGUUGUGAUCACCGAAGGAAUCCCGCAGCAGGACAUGGUGCGGGUGAAGCACGCACUGAAUAUGUCCACCAAGACUCGUAUGAUUGGACCCAACUGUCCAGGGAUCAUUAAGCCUGGUGAGUGCAAAAUGGGUAUCAUGCCGGGAUAUAUCCAUAGCAAAGGCAAGAUUGGAAUCGUCUCUCGUUCCGGAACGUUGACCUACGAGGCUGUUUACCAGACUACUCAGAUGGGUCUUGGUCAAUCCAUUGUUGUCGGUAUCGGCGGAGAUCCUUUCAAUGGAACCAGCCACAAGGAUUGUGUGGAAUUCUUUUUGCAAGACCCGGAUACAGAAGGGAUUGUUUUGAUUGGCGAGAUCGGAGGAUCCUCUGAAGAGGAAGCAGCCGAGGUGAUGAAGAACAGCAAAAUCAAGAAACCGGCCGUGUCUUUCAUCGCAGGUCUCACUGCACCACCCGGAAGGCGCAUGGGGCAUGCGGGAGCCAUCAUCUCUGGCGGUAAAGGAACAGCUCAGGAUAAGAUCAAGGCCCUUGAAUCAGCUGGAGUGUAUGUCACCAAUUCCCCAGCCAAAAUCGGAGAGACGAUGAUGAAGGCGAUGGGCAAAGCCUAG